AUUAUCAAUAAUUUGUGCCCCGCUGCCAGGGUUACAAAGAAUUGAUUUGAUAUGUACUUGUCCCCACCUUGACGAAAUGUGUAUAUAAUGGUGUCUCUCAAAGGACGCACACACUCACCACACGCAGUGUUUGCGUCUCGUUACCACAGCUGUUGAUAAUUACCAUUACGAAAACAUGAAUGCUUUGUCUGUAUUCUGUCUGUUAGUAUCAAAUAUCUUAGGGACAUCUUUCGCUUCUAAGGGAAAAUUCAUUCGCACAAAUGGAUAUAUGUUAUCAAAUGGUAGCCUCAUUUCGAAUUUUGACUACAGCAGACAAAGUUGUGCAAUGACUUGUUUCCAGAUCGCAGCCUGUGUGUCCUUCAACUACCACGCACAGACUCAGGAGUGCCAAUUUAAUUCAGUCUCUCCAUAUACCGAUCCCCUGUCUGUUCUGGAGGCACAAGGGUGGGCACUCUACCAUCUACAAAGAGAUGAUGACUGGGAACUAGUUUUCAGAGCCAAGGCCGGUAAUAACUUGAGUCCCUUUAAUACUUGGAUGGGAACAUCGUCUCCACCGACUCCAGUUGAGGACGGCUGUCUACUUCUGACGGGAACGUCCAACUGUACCUCCAUAUAUAGAAGUCAUGUUCUGACCACGUGGGAUUCAGAAAGUAUAUCUGAGGUUAAACUGAAAAUGUACAAAGAUGGAAACACGACUGUAAAUAUUCGAUUUAAUGGAACAGGAUCCACGUACACCAGCUGGUUCGAUAACAAUAGGUUGAUAGACAGUGGCUGGAGUACCUUGUCACAAAAUCGCACGUUCAACUACUUUUCUUUACAAGGGGUAUGCCAGCGGACGUUUUUUAUGAAUGAAGUUUUUAACGGUUGUCCAAACGAUCUUGGAUGGAUGACGGUCAUCGAUUGGAAUAUCAAUUGUGGUGUCUGCGGUUAUGACAUUCAGUCCGAUCAACCUGCUUUUCUUUUUGCCCCAGGAGAAAAUGUUGUACGAUGGGAUAGCAAUGAUUACGAGCGAGCUGAUGUCUUAGCUGUGUUCAUCAAGCGUUGACUUGGGCUACAGGAACCGCUAGUACAUGAAAGGCGAUACAUAUACAGUGAGGUGGAAUGAUUAAGUAAAAUUAUGACAUGUUUAGUUUAAGGUUUACUUACAUCAAAAAUGUAUCGGAAACUCUUUUAGAUUCCGUUUUCAGUUAGAGUCUGUUUUCUACAUGGUUGAUAUUUCAACCCUGAAAACGGACCUUGACAUCAUUUUCAAUGAUACGACUGGAAACAAGAUAAGAAUUGAACUAGUUGAAAUCGAGUUAUUUGUUGUGACAUUCUAUUCUUAACUUGCAACUUUUGGGAUGUAAAAAUAGAGCCUAGCAUAUCUUCGUUAGUACAUUUUACCAAAAUGAGCUUUGUAUUUGUCUGUCGUGUACCUGUGAAUUGAAAAUCGUUAACUUCAGCGACAAAUCAUGCUGUUGUAAUGCUACAAAGAGUGUAUCAACGUUACAAAUAUGGUUCAGGGGGCAAUUAGUCUGGCAAUGAAAAUCCGCAUUUCAUAGUGACAUACCAUAUAUCCUAUGUUGAGUAAGGUCGUGCCAAAUAAAGCG